AUGGGAAGAUUACCUUGUUGUGACAAGAAUGGAGUGAAGAAAGGACCAUGGACGCCUGAGGAGGAUCAGAAACUCAUCGAUUAUAUUCGACUUCAUGGUCCGGGCAACUGGCGUAUUCUCCCUAAAAAUGCUGGACUCCAAAGGUGUGGAAAAAGCUGCCGUCUUCGAUGGACCAAUUAUCUAAGACCAGACAUCAAGAGAGGAAGAUUCUCCUUCGAGGAAGAAGAAACUAUCAUUCAGCUACAUAGUGUUAUGGGAAACAAGUGGUCCGCAAUAGCAGCUCGUCUACCUGGAAGGACUGACAACGAAAUUAAAAACCAUUGGAACACUCACAUCCGCAAGCGACUUGUAAGGAGUGGCAUCGACCCUGUAACUCACUCCCCGCGCCUUGAUCUUCUUGACUUGUCCUCACUUCUAGCCGCGAUUUUCAAUCAACCAAACUUUUCAUCAGUUGCAACAAAUGCAUCGUCUCUGCUUAAUCCUGAUGUAUUGAGGUUAGCUUCUCUUCUCUUGCCCCCUCAACAACCACUUCAAAACCCUAAUACACUUUACGAAUCGAACCUCGACCAAAAUCUUCAAACUCCAAACACAUCAGUGUCGUCUCAAGACACUCAACCACAAGCCGAGUGUACAGCUCCAACAAAGGAUGAAACUUCAUAUUUUGAGCCUAUGAACGCAAGGCUAGAGGUCGGUCCUUCAGAUGUACUACCACCUUUGUCAGAGAGUUUUGACUUAGACUCACUCAUGUCAACGCCAAAUUAUUCUCCACAACAAAAUAACAUUGAAGCAGAAGCCAACUCCAGCAGUUUAUUCGACUUUAGGUUUCCGGAUAAUUUUACCUUUGAUGACUUUAUGGGGUUGCUUUAA